AUGCAUUUUAAAUUAUUAAGUUUGGUUUUAAUUUUAAAUUUUCAAAAAUCUGCGUUAUCGCAAAAUGCAACCGAUUUUUGGAAAGGUGUAACAAUCUACAAAGAGUGCUUUCAUAAGAAGUAUCCCGGUGUUUGUCUUAAAGAAAAAGCGCUGCAUGCUUUAAAUGAAACGAUCAUGGACGAUAGGCCGAUUGUCAUCGGAUUUUUGGAGAUCCAGAAAAACACUGAUUAUUUUGUCAACCACACAGAUGAAGAUGCUCUACCUGAAGAGGAAACAGCGAGAAGUGCCAAACUUAGUGAUGCAUUAAUGGAUAAAAUCGAUGAGUUUUUUAAGUCCAGGACUAUUAAGCUGAACUUGUCAAAUGCCUUUGAAGGAAUGGGUGGCGGAAAAAUGAAAGGGGGAGGUAACAUGAUGAUGAUGGCAGUGGCAGGCAUGUGCGCCAUGAUGGCCAAUAUGUUCAUGGGAAAAAUGGCAAUGAUGGCAGGAUCCGCGUUGAUGAUAUCAAAAAUUUCCAUGUUACUGUCACUUAUCAUGUUGAUUAAAAAGAUGCAAGGAAAAGGUGACAGCGGAGGUGAAGAAAAGCAUAUCGUUUACGCAGACUCGGGGCACAGCCAUGGUGGAGGAGGAUACGGAGGUGGAGGAUGGCAUCGGAGCUUGGAAGAUCCACACAAUAUUAUCUACAAAGGCCAGUGGACUGCCUCAUCUGAUAAUGGUUCAGGUUUAUAA